GCAGUUCUCAGAGUGCAGUUUAUCGAUACAGUUGGUGGAAUGAUGGCACCACUCUUUCUCCCGUACCUGGUGAAUUCACUGGCUCGCCAGCUGUCCCACGUCACGAGAUACACGGCUGGCAACUCGUUCUCAGUGGCAGGUGCACGGCGCUGCAUUUCCAUCUUUAGCACAGCAGUAACUCAAGCCCGGGUACCAUGGAGCCUCGCGCAGGACCUCCACGGGACAGUCCGCCCCCUCUUACUUGGAAAUUGCGAGCAGCUCAUGGGUGCACAGCCUUCAGUGGGCAUGAAGACGAAAACCGCACUGAAAAGGCGCUGCAAAGACUGCUUUUUCGUUCGCCGUCGUGGACGGUUGUUUGUUUAUUGCAAGACCCACCCAAGACACAAACAGCGGCAAGGGUGAAUUUGUUUGGAAACGUCUGCCUUGCAUGUUUUCAGUGUUUCCUGUAGUAAUAAAGGCAUGCAUCGUUUAAAUGA